CGCCGGGCCGGACAUGCUGCCUGACUGCCUGUCGGCGGAGGGCGAGCGGCGCUGCCGGCGGCUGCUGGCGGAGGCCACGGCCCGGGUCCGCGCGCGGCCCGCGGCGGCCGCGGUGCUCGUGCCGCUGUGCGCGGUGCGCGGGGUCCCGGCGCUGCUCUACACGUUGCGGUCCAGCCGCCUGGCCGGGAGGCACAAGGGCGAUGUCAGUUUCCCAGGUGGCAAGUGUGACCCCGCUGACCAGGAUGUGGUGCACACAGCCCUGAGGGAGACCCAGGAGGAGCUGGGCCUGGCUGUGCCUGAGGACCACGUGUGGGGUAUCCUGCAGCCUGUAUAUGACCAGGCAAAGAACACCGUGGUGCCAGUGCUUGCCAGUGUGGGCCAACUGGAUCCCCAGAGCCUCAAGCCCAACCCGGAGGAGGUGGACGAAGUGUUUGCACUGCCCCUGGCCCACCUGCUGCAGGCGCAGAACCAAGGCUAUACCCACUUCUGCCAGGGUGGCCACUUUCGCUACACACUGCCUGUCUUCCUUAACGGGCCACACCGUGUCUGGGGGCUCACAGCUGUCAUCACUGAGUUCGCCCUGCAGCUGUUGGUACCUGGUGCCUACCAGCCCCGCAUGGAUUUUCCUUGGAGGUCCAAAGGCUGAAGACCUGGUCCUAAGCCGCCUCUGCCUUCACCCUGCCAGGCCAGCUCCACUUCAGGACUGAAUAAAGAGCCUUUACCAACUCU